AGGAGGAGGGGCACUACUGUCUAUGUUGCUUUCUUCUUGUUUUUUUUUUUUAAGCUGAAAGCAGUUGUUCUCAUUAAAGCUCAACCUGGAGAAAUGCUCUCUUUGUUUUAGCGCCGUCUGUGCUGGGACAAAAUAUGGCUGUGUGUGUGAUAAAGGGGGCUUCUGGUGUUUCAGUCUGUUGCUGCUGCAUCUCAACACUUUCAAUAUCCGAAGAAUAUAAUUACCGGAAAAAAGGUCUCCUAAACUCGUUGUUUGCUUUUCCCCCUUUAUGAAACAUUGUUGGCGCAGUGGAUCGUGUCCUGCUGCUUCCCGGCUCUACGGAGAAAAGAGGAAGAGAGAGAGGUUGCACUUUAAUGGAUGCCAUUUGGGCAAAUCAGGGUGUUUUUUUUUUUCUUAAAAGACGGGAGGAGAAAAAGAAUACUCCAUUGUUUAGCUGUGCAGUGCUUUUUAAAAGCAGAGAUGGCUCGCAUAAAACUUCAUGAAGUCAUGAAUCUGUCCGCGUCACCGCAUUUAGAACCUCACUUAAAAAUCCCGACAGGCCCCAAAAUUUUGCUCCCCGCUAAUGGUCCUAAUUUAUGAUGUGUGGAUCAACAUGUGCUCAUUGGGCAACAGCUUCCUGAGUGCUUAACGAGCAUAAAGACGAACACUUCCGGGCAUUAAUUGGGCCGGCCGGCUACACGGUAAAGUGCUUAUAGGAGCUUUACGUUGUUAGUAUGAGAAUAAGUCCUUAUUAGAAGCGAUGGGGAGGGAAAGAAGAGAAAAAAGCACCAGGGCUGGGGCAGAGUUUGCUCCCCUCGCUGUGUUUUUAAUCAUGGGAUAAUGCAGGAACUGUGCAGGUCCCGUAUAAAUUAUUGCUGAGUUAUGUUAGAAAGUCGGUCCUGUACGCGAGGAGACAAGAGGAAGGCUUUAGGUACUCUGGUGUGGAGGGGUGGGGGCUAUUUUGUUGGAGGAAUAAGGCCUGAAAACCUCAGGAAGUGAUUAAAGCCAAGGGUAAAAAUGGUCUAAUAAUAAUACUACGAUAACACACAAUGUGCAAAACCGCAAAUUGACAGACCAGUUUUAAUUCGUCUUUCGAAGUAUAAUCCAGGAGACAAUUCUCAAUAUUAGUCUAAAAACAUAAUGGACUAUAAAUUCUACUUCUAGACCUUUCUUUGCGCAUUCGGGUUCACUCCAAAUGUCCCCUUUCUAAAAGGAAAUCUCCAAAACGUGGACCAAACGGCGUCCUCCCGCCGUCCAUCCCAAAUUGCAUGUGAUUUGCCUCACGGGCCGCAAUAAAACACUAAAACUCUGGGGAAAAGAAUGACCUUUCUGAUUCUGCACACUGACACAACCUCUGCUGCAUUCCAGUCCCCACAUUGGCUCCACUGUUCGAGCCUUUUAAUUUACAGCCUUCGACUCCAUGGACCGGCGUGUUUUUCCUGUUUAGUGUGCAAGCAACAAUGAGGCAGGAGGGGGGAAAUAGCAGCGGUGGUGACGAGCCAAAACAGUCUCAGAAGAGAUAUUUUUGACUUUUUAAAUAUAGAAAUAUUGAAUGGAUUUUAGUGGGUGUUGAAAACAGCAUUUGGAAUCCAAAAUAAAAAAGCGCCUACUGAUCCAACGCACACAUUAAAGACUCCUUCACUGAUAUUACGCGUUCACGCAUAACGAAAUUUCGUUUGGUAACUCUCGGUACACGUGAAUAUGCAUCUGCUAUAGUGAGAAUGGCACAUUCACAAAGUUAUACCAAGCGGGGACACGUCCCCCUAUAUUAUGCCGUUAAUUCGCAUCAGUCAAAUCCAGAUAAAAAAAAAACAGUUUAAGAAUGCAAAUCUUAUUGGGGGGAAAUGUUCUCCUCAUGACGCAUAAGAAACGUAAAUUCUGCAAUUUCUGAUAGUUGUGUUUGUGUGUAUUUAAGCUCCAAACCCGCUGCAGCCCAGAAUAAUUUAUACAAAAAAUAUUGUGCAAAAUAGAAAUGAUGUUGCAUCGCAAACUAACUUUUUGCGCUCUGUUUGCCUUCAAUCUGUGCGACGCGGGUAUGCCACAUAUGGUCGGGUGAAGGGAACUUUUAUUGCACCGUCCACUUCCUCCUCUUUUGUUGUUGUCUCUUUUUAUGGUCUUUUCAGGAUUGCCCCCCUCCCCUCCUUCUGACAAAAAAAGAAAAAAAAGAAAAAGAAAAGAAAAACAGAACAAACAGCGUUGCACAUUUCAGGCAACGCGUAUUUAUACUUAUUGGAUAAGAUCAAUGAGCUGAACCAGUAUGGCUGCCGCAGCCAGAGCGACUGCGCUAAAGCAGACGUUUUUUAAUAGCCUUAUUGAUUAUUUUAUUGGUAUCAAUUAUGGCUUGUUUCAAAACGGAGGGAUAAUGCAGAUUGUCGUCUCAAGUGCAUGCGAGCAAGUUUUUUUUUAUUAUUAUUAUUUCCAUUUGGUUUAAAAGCAUUUAAAUUUGGGGUCAAUGAGAUGCUAGGCAGGCAAGAGGCUCUCUUAAAAAUAAAAAAAUAAUAAUAAAGUGGAAAAUGAGCAUUUUGUCUUGCGUCCAAUUGCAUUAUUUUUAACUAUUUAAAAGCAGUUCAUUUUGCUCUAAAAUGGCUUUGGGUUUUGCGCAAAGCAACCCCUCGAGUAAUUUGCAAAGAUAUAAUUUGCUGCAGAGAUAAUUGCCGGUUGCUGUUUCCCCUCGUGUGUGUGUGUGUGUGUGUGUGUGUGUGUGUGUGUGUGUGUGUGUGUGUGUGUGUGUGUGUGUGUGUGUGUGUGUGUGUGUCAGAGGAAUGUGAGGUAAGCUCGGAACAAAACUGGGACUCAGAAACAUCUGUAUCAAGACAAUUAAAUGAUGUGUUUGGACUCUUCGCGGUGCAAACUCGACAUGAAGUCUGGUGUUUUGUUUAUUAAUUAUUUGGCGCACCAGGCACAGCUGGCCUGCAGGGGGAACGAGUUUAUACUGCUAGACAUCGAUUAAGUAGAAAUAAUUUUAAAUCGUGCUGUAGAAGUCAUGCUCUCGGACUCGUUUAUAAGAUGAGUUUUGCUCCUCACUUGCUGUGCGCUGUUUUUUGUUUCUCAGCCUGCUUGAGUUUGCUGGUUUUUUUUUUUUUUUUUUUGCUGCAGAGAGACAGUUGUUGGUGAGCUGGGGAACGUCACUUGUUUUAUUGCCCUCACAGAAGAGAGACCAUAAACGCAUUCUUACUCCCUGCACCCGAACCCCCCUUUUGUAGUUCACUUUUUCAAAGGUGCUCACAUGCUUGUAACUUUAUGCCCAAAUGAAUCAUCAAGGAGUCUAUUGGGGGGAGUUGCCGAUAGGCAAUUAAUGCCGAAUAUUUGCAUAAUAUCCUGCGAGUUCUGAUUCUGAUAUAAACAUGAUUCAAGCAUGAGAUUCUUCAUAUUUCCCGUUUCUCAUCCUGGAUGGAAACAACUCAUACGUUUUACCCUUCCAAUAAAGUUCAGACCCAAUAGAAAAAAUAAAAAUAAAAUAAAAUAAACUUCCCAUCCAGUCAAGCGGGGCGGUGCGCCCGUACUUCACCGUCUGCGUUGUGUUUAUCGGCAUUUUUGCACUAAUGCUCCACGCAGCUCUGAGCUAAAAGCCACAGUUUCGCCUCAACUUCCCGCCUCUCAAUUGGUCGGGAAUGGUCAGCUGACGUUGUCAUAUUGUCUCUCACUGAGCCAAGCCUCGGCUAUAACACUCGUGCUUUUUUUUCUUCCCCCCGUCUUAACCGGAGAUUGGAAAUUAAUAAUAUUCAAUCCUCAAAAGUAGCCCCGCGUCCGCGCAGGAGAGGCAGCAACGCGAGAGGGGGGAAAUACGGGCGAUUUUUUGGGGAGGAAGGUGUGGUUGGUUGACUUGACACAGGCGGGAGGGAGAUUUACUGGAGAAGGAAGAUUGAAAAGAGACCCGAUAAAGAAGUGGGGAAGAGUUGGAGAGAAGGGUUACAGGCAAGGUAUGAAUUCUUAUUUCGCAAACCCGUCGCUCUCCUGCCAUUUGUCCGGUGGUCAAGAGGUUCUGCCCAACGUCCCCCUGAACUCCACCACCUAUGACACAGUCAGACAUUUUUCGUCGUACGGCGCCGCUGUGACCCAGAAUCGGAUAUAUGCCCCUUUCUACUCCCCUCAGGAGAAUGUGGUGUUCGGCUCCGGCAGGGCGCAGUACGAGUACGGCUCCAACGUGUUCCUCCAGGACAAGGACGUCCUGCCAAGCUGCAGGCAGACAAACAUGGGACUCGGCUCGCAGAGCCACAUUGCCCAGGAGUACAGUCUGGAUCAGGGGAGGGCAGGAGCACAGGAGCAGAAGAGCAACAUCCCGAUCUACCCGUGGAUGCAGCGCAUGAACUCACACAGCGCAGGAGUGGGUUACGGAACGGACAGGCGCAGGGGACGUCAGAUCUACUCUCGCUACCAAACGCUGGAGCUGGAAAAGGAGUUCCACUUCAACCGCUACCUGACCAGGCGCAGACGCAUCGAGAUCGCCAACGCACUGUGCCUGACGGAGCGGCAGAUCAAGAUCUGGUUCCAGAACCGGCGCAUGAAGUGGAAGAAGGAGAGCAACCUGACCUCCACGGUGACUGGAAGUGAACAGACAGGGGUUGCUCAGGAGGAAGAACGGAGUGGGAGCGCAGUGGAAGAAGGGAAGGAGGAACACACGAAAAAGGAAUAGCUGGGGAGAAUUGCGCGCCCGUGUGUGUGCGUGGAAGUGGAGAGGGGGGGGGGGGGUCACCUCAUGACCAUGAAAGUCCAACAUAACUACCUAAAAUAAUCUAUGAAGACUUGACUUCACUGCAUGAUGGUUAUACCCGCUGCUCUUUAUCUCAUCUUGACCACAGCAGUUGUGGAGCACUAAAUAUUGAAAGCGUUAUUCCAUCCAAAGUUUGGUCUCUGUGACAUUUGGAGCACUGAGGUGUUUUGUUUUAUCAAUAUUAUUAAUAUCAAUGUCUCACAUGUAUUGUGGAAAUAAUAAAAACGAAGAAGUAUUAUUUUCCUGGUUAUUUCCAAAACACCAGGCAAAAAAAAAAAAAGUCUGUAUUUACCCACAGCCAAUUCCUCACUGUGAACCCUUUGAUCACCUCACCAAUUACAGUGGUGGUUUGACUUUGCUCAUUGUUGUACAUGCACAUUCCACGGCGUUCAACGGAACACAGCGUAAACUAGUACUUGAAUUGUCCACAGAUUUAAAGAAGACAAGAAGAAAAAAAAAGAUUCAAGUUGCACGGUUGACCCACAAGCUUCUGUAUAUAUAUAGAAUAAAAGCAGCAUAACAGCAUAUUAUGCAAAUCCCGUAAAGAGCCGUGCAUUUAGCCGCUUGUUUUUUUGGCGCAGCGUAAUGUAAAAGAACAGCGCCACUUCUUUUGAAAUCAUUUGACACACAAUAUGCUCUUUUUUUUUUUGUUUUGAGACAGAUUUGUACACUAGCAAUUCACUUUUUUGAGUGUUAUGAUUUCAUGUUUUGUCAUAUUUGUGUAUCAGAAAAUAAAAUCUUUGUAAAACUUG